GUGGGGGGAUGCAAGUGGAAGACCAACUAAGGAUCGUGAACUCAGCAAAUCUCUGUUUAAUGUUCGGGAGAGGAGUAAAGACGGAGCAGAGACACCACUCAUGAAGGUUGGAAGACUGUUGAAAACUAACAGUAUGAAUCUUGCAAACCUUAAUUUUGGUUGGAGACGGGAAACUUCAGUCUAGUACAGCACUGUACAGUACAACACAAUACACUGUACAGUGCACUGUACCAGUUUUUGACUGUACAGAACGGAGCACUUUCAGUACAGCACAAUGUGCAGUACAAUAUAUUGUACAGUAAAGAACAAUGUAACUAAAACAGUACAGAACAAUGUUAAGUAGAGUCUCAGUACAGUACAAUACAGUACACUACAGUACGAUACAGCUUGUACAAUCCACUGUCCAGCACAAACACAUUAUUCAGAUCUUAAACUCCCAGACUAUAACGAGGCACCAUUCUUCAGUUCAGUUUUAAAUAUUGUUGUCAGAGUAAAUGAUCAUGUUCAAUUCACACCAAGGAAUUCCCAGGCUGCUAUCGGUAACUAAGUGUUUGUGCCCGAAACCCGUUCAACCUGACACCCUAAUAUCUCCCUCCCCUAAAGGUGUAAAUAAAUUGGGCCUUUUUUAGUGCAUAUAAAGCUGCAGCUACCAAAUAUUAUUUACAAUGUUUUAAAAAAUGUAUUUCAAUCACUUUUCCAUGUUAUAAAACAAAAACAUAGUUAAUGUGAGUGCAAUGGUAUUUGGCCUUAUAAAUUGACCUAAAUAACAUUGGCUCUAACCCUACUCUACAAUGGUUUAAUACUUAAAAUAAAUGCGUAUUGUACAUUGUACCCGCUUUUAAAUGUAUUCAAAUAUUUUGCCAAAAGAUGAUAGUCUUCUUUAAAAAGCUAUGGCUUUCUAUGUUGCUGACUAGCUGUGUUUUUAUUUACUUUCACAGUCUUCUUUAAAAAGCUAUGGCUUUCUAUGUUGCUGACUAGCUGUGUUUUUAUUUACUUGCACAAAGCUUUAUAUGCUUCAGCCAUCACUAAAUAUUCAUAUUACAUUACUCAUACUAAAUUACUUUUCUAUAAAACUGUUAAUAUUUAGUGACUUGCUCUAAUUCUCAUUAGCUAUGUAUUUACGAUGAAAAUCUUGCCUUUUAUUGAUCUGAAAUUAUUUGAAACAUAACGAAAAUAACGAAAAUGAAUCUGAUUUUAAGAAAAUUUCAAGUUUUCUCUUGUUAAAAAAAUCAAAAACUAGCAUUAUAUGUUCCCAGUGCUAUGGAGUUUUAACAAAACUUUAAAACCUAAAUAGUAUUUAUUUAACAAAACUCAUGUUUGAUAUUAAAUUAUUGAAUCUCG